CAAAAAUUCUUGAUGCUUUUAAAAAAAUUUCAAGGACUAUUUGUUGUUGGUACUGUUGCACGUUUUGUUACAGAGAAUUUUAUUUUCUCGUUUUUAAUAUAAUGCUUUUGUCAUUAUAUUGACAAUUUUCUUUUGUGAAUUAUUUUGUGAAGUAAGUUAUAUGAUUUUUUUUUAAUGAAAACGUGUUUCUUAUGAUUAUGAAUAGUCAAGUAGAGAAUCUAUUAUUACCACUUAUUCAAUGAUUUAAUUAUGGCUCCGUCUUCUAACAAUUUUUCUGCAAGAUUUAAAACGUUUACUUACAACGAAAUUAAAAAACACUGCAGCGCAGAAGAUUGUUGGAUUAUUGAGAGUGGUAAAGUAUACGACAUCACUCGUUUUCUUAACCAACAUCCUGGUGGCGAAAACCUGAUUUUAUCUCAUGCUGGCAAUGAUAUCACUAACUACUUACAAGAUAAAACUAUACAUUUGCACUCCAAAAACGCGUUAAACUUAUUGAAAGACUUCCAGAUCGGUGAAGUCGAAGAUGAUAUCACGCCCAGUCAUGAGGAAAAAAUUACUAAUAAAAAAACUUAUGAUGAUAUGGAUGUUGACAUGUCUGGAUGGAAUGAGGAUCUCGUAAAUUGGGAACGUGGUAUGGUUUUCCAAGCACACAAGUUUGGCAAAAAUUAUUUCAAAUGGGUACACUCUCCAGUUGUUAGAAAAUUACGGUUGUUUGACUCUGAUUUUAUUGAAUUUUUUUCAAAAACAAAGUGGUGGAUGAUUCCAUUGAUUUGGCUACCGAUUGCUACAAUAAUACAGUUUUAUUCUACUACUAGAGUUUAUCAGAAUUUUUUUGUUUCUGAGUUUUACACUUCUGAAAAAAAGAUUGCGUAUUUUUUUUCUUUCGGUUUUUUUUUGCUUGGAAUCCCACUAUGGUCUCUAUCGGAAUAUAUUCUUCAUCGUUAUUUGUUUCAUAUGCAACCAAGUACUGAAUCAUGGUUCUUUAUUACUUUGCAUUUCCUACUACACGGCCAACACCACAAGGUUCCUUUUGAUAGGAAUCGAUUAGUGUUUCCACCUGUUGCUGCCGGUAUUUUAGCCACUCCAAUUUAUUUAUUUUUGAAUUUUAUACUUCCUUAUGGUCUUGGGGGUUGCACAAUGGCUGGAAUGCUUGUAGGAUACAUUAUGUAUGACUUGAUUCAUUAUUACCUCCAUCAUGGAUCUCCAGAUCGAGGAAGUUAUAUGCACUCUCUAAAGCACUAUCAUGUUCUACAUCAUUUUGACGACCAUAAUAGCGGAUUCGGCAUAUCGUCCAAGGUAUGGGAUUAUCCAUUCUCAACAGUGAAUAAAAAAUUGAAGACGAAGUGAAGAGUUUAAACUCUAUAUAUAUAUAUAUUUUUCCAAAUAUUGCUGUUUGUCAGUGAAAAAGUUAUAAAAUAACAUAACAUAACUUAAGCUUCAAUUUACAACUCAUAAAUAUAUAUAAUUAUAAAAAACUCUUUGCACUGUUAUAACUGUUGAAUGAAAACAUUCCUGUAUUAAA